UCUUCUCUAUUUUGUUUCAAGAAGAGCAACAAAGGUUGCUCAACGUUAGACCCCCUCAAUCGGAAAUCAUGGCCAUGGCUGUUCGAUCUAGUGGAUGCCCAAAAAACCCUUUCAAGUGCACGGCUUGCGGCAAAGAUGGUCAUACCCGAGAUCGUUGUUGGACUCUCGUCGGUUACCCUCCUGGACGAAACCCGCGACCCAAGACCCAACCCUCCAUUCUCGGACAGCCUCCGUCUAGCGUCAAUCAGACCACUGCCGUUUCAUCGGCUUCAAGCCCGGUUCCUGGUUUGUCACCGGAGCUCUACCAGAAGCUUCUCGGCUUGCUCGCGCCAUCUUCUUCUCCGAUUGAGUCAUCUGUGAACUUCAUUGGACCCACAGUCGAUGAAGCUGAUUGGAGCGGGUGAACUCUGCAAUGGGCUUUACGUGUACCGUCCCGACCCACCUGUGAUUUUUGCUGCUCAAUCUACUGCUAAUAAGACCCUAUGGCAUCAACGUCUAGGUCAUCCCUCCAGUUUUAUUAUUCCUAAAAUUUUAGAUUCUCCUUGUAUUCUUUCUAAUUGUGAUGUUUGUGCUCGUUCUAAACAUACAAGA